GGUCCAGCACGCACAGGCUCACGGCCCGCCCGCCGCCACGGCAGGCGGCACUGGCGGCGUACGAUCGAUGAUGACGCCCUCUCCCUGAACCGCCGCGUCCCUGCUGGCCGGCCGACGUCCGCACGGGCGGGCGCUGUCUCACGGCCUGCCUCGGCGGCUCGGCCCUCUCCUCUGCCGCCACGCCCGCCUCCCCCAACUUCUCCCACCGGCCCCUGGCCCCUGCCUCUUGGCCCACCCGGCCGCCACGCCACUCUGCUGAUCACACGCGCGCGCGUCCCUGUCGCGCGCAUUACUCCGCCCGGGCUCCGCUUCACUCCUUUCCGUUCCGUUCCCGUCCCCGUCGCACGUCGCUGUCCGCCGCCCGGGUCUCCCUCUCCCACUACCACUUGCCGCCCGCCCUGCCCGUUGCCUCCUCCUCCGCCUCUUAUCCUCUACGGCCCUGUCUCUCGCACGGGCCGGUUCGCUGGCAGUUACCUUACCUGCCGCUGACUCGCUCCAGUGGCCAGGACCUGCUGCAGUGGACGUGGUGCCGGCGGCGGGCCACGGCGGAAGCAGCCAUGGAGGCAGUGCAGACGGCACUGAGUGAGAGAACGAACCCGCUGCUCAACAGGUCAUCCGGUCCAUCCGUCGUCACUCGGCUUCAACCUGACGCCGGCAACGGCGCGGGCUUCUAUGACGGGGCCUACUCUUUCCUCGACACCACCAAGGCCUGCGCUACCCGGUUCAGCAGCGGGUCAGUGACAUCCGACGACUCGCCGGCGGUGACGCCCAGGCUGCUGUCCUUGAUGUCCAGCUCCAGCCCCGACAACUGCUCCUCCUCCUCAGAAUGGCCCGACCGAGCGGCGGCGUCGCGCUCCAAUCGGUACCUCUUCGACGCGAACGCACAGGCCCGGUGCGCGGGGUACCUGGACCUGAUGAGGCUGGAGGUGGAUGCGCAGCUGGGCAGGCUCAGGGGCGGUGUCACUGGCCUGGAGAGCUACGCUUUGCCGGGCAACGGCCGUGCGAUCGGAGGUGCGCACCUGGGCAUGUCGCUUGAUGUCAUGCUGAUUGAGAUUGAUGAGAGGUUCAACACCCUGAAGCUGCUCAUGGGCUCCGUGUUCCGGCAGGCCAAGGAGAUGCUUGGUUCGGUCAACUCGUCGGUGUCUGAUCUGCAGUCGGAGAAUGAGCUGCAGCUGGAAGUGUUCGGUGCCAUCAUCGGAGAGUGCGUCAGUGGCCUGCAGGAGGAGCUAGAGAGGAAGCUGUACGAGCAGAUUAGCAUCACAAACACCAUGGGCAGGAACUGGAAGGAAGCCAUAACUCAGUUUGCCGCCAUGCGCGAAGACCUUGGCGCUCUUUGUAAGCUACUACUGCCUUUAGCACCAGAAGCUCAUAUUUCUAAUGGCAAGAAUGAAAGUCCAGGCAGCAAGAGUAACAGAUGGAAGUACAAUUUCUUUGGAAAGAAAUCCAGAGAGGAUCGUUCUCCGCGCGCUGAGGACAGCAAGAGUUUCAGGAAGCAAAAAUCAUUUGGUGCAAAGGAUGUCAUCUCAGAAAAGUCUGACUUUCACCAUCUCAAUGGUAUGACUAGAGAGCAAGUGAUAACCUAUUUUAAGUCUGAGAUCAGCAAAAUGAAAAGGAUGCACGAAUCAGCUUUGCAAGAGAAGACCGAAGAACUGUUCAGGCUCAAACGGGAGAAGGGGUCACAUUCUCUCAAGAAUGACAUAGAAUUUGAACCUUUGAGAAAGAAAAUUCCAGAGCUUGUAUUGAGAAUGGACCAAAUCAUUUCCAAGAAUAUAAAGGUACCUGCAAUCUGCAUGACCCAUGAUGAACUCGAUGAAAGAUGCAGAUUGAUGAGCAGAAUCGAUGCUUUGUUCUAUGAAAAUCAGCAUUUUCGAGGGUUGCUUGCAGACAGGAUGAAGGACGUUAAGGCAUUAUCAUCCCAGCUAUCUGAAGCCAGUACAGAACUGUCAAUGCAGAUGCUGUCGGAAGAAGAGCUCCUGAGACAAAUUGAUAAAGUUAGAGAAGACUGUGAGGACCUCCGAAUUGAAUGUGAUGUUAGAGAAGGAAUGUACCAAACUGUUACAAAACAUUUGCUUGAUGACUAUAAGGACAGUAUGGAUGGUGCUGCUCUAAAUCUUAGUGCAAAAUUGUCUUCACUUGAAUCUGCAGUCUCUGAAAAGGAUAAGGCAUUAUGCAUAUAUAACGAAGAAAAUCACAGGUUAAAGGAGAAGUUAGCUGAGUUAGAAAAGGAACGCUUGAUCCACGGUGACCAGGAAGUUCCAGAAGCCAUAAAACAAGAUAGCACAGAAAUUGUUCUGCGUGACAUUGAGGUUGAGCCUUGCACGUCACCGAGAAGAUCAAAUGUGAACAAUUCAAGGUAUGACGAACUUGUGAAACUUGACUCAAGCUUAGAGCAAACGUCAUGUGUCCUCAAGGAAAUGAACAACAAAAAUAUGGAUCGCAGUAGUAGCCUCAGUAGGAAUGAGCAAGAGAAGCAGCUGGAGUGCAUUUUAGUAUCUAUCAUGAAACUAUCAAAAGAUUUUGUAGAGAUCGAGAAAAAGAUGUCAGCGGAAAGAACCGAGAACAGGUCAGAGGAACUGAGCGAUCACUGCAACCACAUGGUCAGACAAGCCAUGGUACUAACAAAGAUAGGGCUUUGGUAUAAACAAAUGAUUGAAGCGAGGCGUUCUGAGCUCCAAAAGGCUGAAGCCAAGGUUAUGGUAUUAGGCGACAAGAUCACCGCACAGUUGAGCCUUCUCCGAAAGAUAUAUUUAGCUCUCGAUCAUUACUCUCCUACCUUGCAUCAGCAUCCUGGUCUGCUAGACGCUUUCAUGAAGACGUGCAAGCUUGUUGCAGAUCUGAGAAGUAAACAGAACGAAGGCGAUGCAACAUGAACGAGGAGGCGGUAUGGUGGGAUCUCCCUUGGUAUAGCUAAUGUUUCUCAUGUGCUUAUCCGUGUUCCACGCCUGCCGCUGCAGACCAAGUGAAGGAUCCUAUUGAACUGAGGUUUUAGAAUUUUCAGAUCCUGAUCUGCAGUAUAUCUUAGUGCCAAGUGAACCAAUAGCUGCCUUGCUGAUCUUAUGCGAUGCAAGUGGUAGCUGUUUCUAUCUGCAAUGAUGACUAGAAAUCUGAAACUAUGUACAGAUGGCAUUGUGCUCACGUCGUCACGUGCUUGUUGGUUAGAGAAUAGGGUUGUUAUUUGCUUAGUUAGCAGCCUAGGCCAUGGAAUAGAGAAGGUGUUAACUACAUUGUAAGCAUAAAAUUUAUUAUCCCCACUCUGUGUUGAUGAAUAUCUUUCCUCCAUCUA